AUGAGUCUCGAGUUCCUACAGCGACCGAACAGUGACGCAGCUUCUGCUCCUAUUGCAUCUGCGCCUGAAUCCCAAGUCAACACCUCUACCGCUCCCACCCCCGUCCCAGAACCCAUUCCCGCUACCGCUAUUGAAGAGCCAGUAACCGUCCAAGAAUCCACUCCUUCUCAAGAAACCACCAUCGCUUCCGAAGAGCCCGCACCCACAGCUCCCGCUACCAUGUCUUACGCAUCCGUCGCCGCCAGUGGACCCCAGCAGUCCGAGGAGGAGCGUCUGCUAACUCGUCCACAGAAGCGCGCACACGCCGUCCCCGAGAUCCAACACACCGACGACGAGGUCCACGAGCUCAUCGACGUCGACAGCCCUCACAUCUCCUCUGUCCCCUCCGACUUCCAGUCGCAAGAAAUUCAGACCGAGACCCAGGCCGAGCGCGAACGUCUUGAGUCCGAGGCUCGUGAGAAGGCUCAGCAGACCGAGCAGGUCAAGGAGGAGGUCAAGGAGAAGACCAAGCAGAAGGCAGAGAAGGCCGCAGAAAAGGUCAAGGCCAACAGCGACAACCCUGUCAUUCUCGGCAACACCAUCGCCGUUGUCGCUCUUGGUAGUCUCCUCGGCUUUGGCGCCUACAGAAAGUACAGUGCCGGUCAGCUCACCUGGAAGGUCGCAGGUGCCUGGGCAGGUGUCGUUGGUGUCUUCGGUCUCGGCGACUACUACGCCAGCAAAUACCUCUUCAAGAAGUACCCUCCCAAGAACUAA